GGGCACGGCGGGGCUGGUAUGUGGCAGACGCUGGCCCUCGGCUUCGCUUUCUUCCCGGCGCUGUUCGCCCUCUCCAUCCGCAGCCUGCUCUGGCUUGCGCCGGCAUGGAGCCCCAAGGACCGGAUCCUUCUCAGCGGCAGGCUGGUAUCCGCCAUCCAAGCCAUCAUGGCAACCCUCUCGGGAAUUGUCGUCAUCUUCAGCUGCAGAGACGUGGUGCACGACAGGCACUGGAUUGCCCGCGAAUAUGUCUGGAUUGUUGUGUCUUAUAUGACGUACGAUAUCUAUGUCAUGUACCUUUGCCACUGGCACAAGAGCCAAGAAAAAGGACAGGCAGAUGGAAAGUACUCUUCCAGUAGCAUCAGAAGCUUUCUGCAGAAGGAACGGCUGAUGGUCACCCAUCACAUCUUCAUCCUCCUCGUCUUAACGCCGGUGGCUGUGCACCUGCGAAGUGAACUCGGGGACUUUUUCGUGGGCUGCAUCUUCACAGCCGAGCUGAGCACCCCUUUCGUGUCGCUGGGCAAGAUCCUGAUGCAGCUGAAAAUGCAAGAUUCCCUCUUGCACAAGGUCAAUGGGGUCCUCAUCCUGGUCACCUUCUUCCUCUGCCGGAUCGCCCUCUUCCCGUACAUGUACUGGGCCUACGGGCGACAGAUGAACUUGCCCCUGUACGAAGUGCCAUUCCGCAUCCCCCUCCACUGCAACGUGGCCAAUGCUUUGCUGAUCGCGCCUCAGAUCUACUGGUUUGCCCUCAUCUGCCGCAAAGCAAUGAGGCUCUACAGCAGCUCGCCUGCUCCGGACCGGGCCCGAUAGUGGCACCAAACGCCGGCUUUGGAACCCACCUGUCUCACCUUUCUGAAUCGGGGGCUUUGGGGCGGCACCGUUUCGGAUCCGGCGGCGAUUCUUCCCAGCCGGGAUGGAGAAUUACCCCCCAUCGAGGUCCCUUCGUUGCUGUGUGACAGCUGCUGGCCUUGAGGGGGCGUGUUUCCCAAAGCCUCCCUCCCGCCUUGCACAGCUGGCUGGUCAAUGACGGCAGCUGCUGCAGGGUUCCAGAUGUGGCCAGGUGUUGUGACUGGAAGCUGGGGUUUGUGGCCGGCCGGCCGGCUGGCCACAGGGGCUGUGAGAAUUCUGCAAAUCUCUUCUUUAGCCCUUGGGUCUCCCGUUGGCUGCUUAGAGCCACGAGAGGAAAGGACACCACGCAGACUCAUCUGCGCAUCCUUCUCCGAUGUCCCUAAUCGGGGUCUGCCAUGAUCUUUCUCUCCCCCGCCUUGAAAGACUGCCUGCUGUCUUUAACUUCCCCACUUUCCUGUUUCCAAGCCUGCUUCAAGAUGUUCCUUGUUGCGCCAGGUGGCUGGUACAAUGUUGAUAGCCUUAUUUGGGCAUCUUGGAGGCUGUCUUGAUUCUAAGAAAAGUGCCGAGGAAUGGCCUCUGGAGAAUUUCACACCCCCCCAGCUUUAUUUAAAAAAAGCCAUCUAAACUUUUUCAUGCUUCUAGUUCAUAAGGAAUGCCUCGCCCAGCAAAAUAGCAGAAGCUGGGGAAGAGCAGUCUCGCCUUUGCCCCAGAUCAUAGAAAGAUGCUCAGUUGGAACAGACAGUAUUGAAGAAUUCUGCACUUUUUAAAUGUUUGCACACCCCUGGUUUCCUUUUGAUGGACCAUAUGGAAAACUUGGCCAACACCAGGGCCUUUUUGGAACAGACACCAACAUCUUGAGGCUGAUAAACAAGCUCCCUGUUAUUUAGGAAGAGAAGGCCAACAUAUUUCAAGAAUCCAAACGUAGCUUUGGAUGCUGGCUUAGGUGCAGGAUUUUGGACUGGGGAAGAAUAGAGAGCCCCACACUCCCUCCAAAGUCUGGACCAGGAUUGGCACUCUUGAAUCCUUGUUUACUGCUGAACAUUUGAACCAGGGACAGCUACAGGCAGUGGUGGUGGUGGGGGGAGUCAAACAAGUCAAGAUGGCAGCUGUGUGGUGCCAAGCCCACCCCUUUUUUAAUGCUCUGUUUGUGCGAUGCAUAUAAAAAUGGAACAGGGCUUCAAUCAUGGAGUUCCCAUUGCCAUCUUGACUUUUCUGACCACCACCCCCUGCAGAUGCUCCUAUUGAACAGAGAAAGGAAUUUAAAACGGGAGAGUGAGUGAUCGGAAAUGAAGAAAUAUUAAAGGUGGCUGAGGAUAGACCGAACCAGCUGUAUUUGCUGUGCGGAUCUAGAAGAAAGGAACGCUCGUAAGAUUC